CUCUCUCUCUCUCUCUCUCUCAAUCUCUCCAUCUUCUCCUUCACAUACCAAAAAAAUUCUCAAUCUUUCUUUUGAUGGCAUUAGCCAUUUUGUCGCACGAGGUAUCUGAUCUCUGUAUCGGUAAACCACCUCUACGGUGUCUAUCCGUCGCCACAGCCACCGUAGCUGACGCCAUCGCCGCACUCAAAUCCUCUGACGAACCAUUUCUCACCGUCUGGAGCUGUAACCACGACGAUGAGAAAACAGAUGGUAUCGACAAGUGCGAGUGUUUGGGUAAGAUCUGUAUGGCUGAUGUAAUCUGUUACCUAUCAAAAUUCGACAGCAAUGUUUUGUCUCUUUCCUCUGCUUUCGACGCAUCUGUCUCUGUUCUCAUCCCUAAAUCUCGUCCCCUCGUCGUCCAUGUUCAAUCUUCUUGCAAAUUGGUCGAAGCUAUUGAUUUGAUCAUACAAGGAGCACAGAAUCUGAUUGUUCCGAUUCAGACAAGAUCAAUCACGAAGAGAAGACAACAACAAAAACUUCUGAACCGAAACGUUGUCGUUUCACUCUCCACCACAACCUCAACGACUCACAAGAAUAGCCUACAAUUCUGCUGGAUCACACAAGAAGACAUAAUCCGAUUCCUUCUCGAUUCCAUUAGUGUCUUCUCUCCGUUACCGUCUCUUUCUAUCUCCGAUCUCGGUGUUAUCAACAGUACACACAAUAUUCUCGCCGUUGAUUAUCACUCCUCUGCUGCUUGUGCUGUCUCCGUCAUCUCUCGUGCAAUCUUGGACAAUGUCUCUGUCGCUGUGGUUGAUAAAGGAUGUGAUCAAGAAGAAGAUUCACGUAUAGCUUUGAUAGGAGAGAUAUCUCCGAUGACACUAGCUUGCUGCGACGAAACAGCUGCAGCAGCGGUUGCUACACUCUCGGCCGGAGACUUAAUGACGUAUAUCGACGGUAGUGGUCCGCCGGAGAGCCUUGUCGGUGUAGUUAGGAAUCGUUUGGAAGAUAAAAGGAUGGCUGGAUUGAUCUCACUCAUUGAUUCUUUGUCUUCGUUUUCGGGGUCUUCCUCGGAUGAAGAGUCUCCGGCAGGGAGGACUAGAACGUCGUCGUAUGGGAGGUCGGUUAGUAACGCGGCGAGGAUGGCGAGGAAGUCGGUGGCGAUAGUGUGUAACCGGAAGAGUUCGUUGAUGGCAGUGAUGAUACAAGCGAUUGCUCAUAGAGUGAGUUAUGUGUGGGUGAUUGAUGAAGAUGGUUGUUUGAUUGGUAUGGUUACUUUUGUUGAUAUUUUGAAACUGUUUAGGGAGUUCUUGGAUGGUGAUCAUAAUCAUAACUAAUGAUCAUCUUAUAUAUAUAUAUAUAUACUUCAGGCUUUUAUUUUU